AUGUCUCGAUUCUUCAAGGGCGACAGUUCAAGCGAGAGCAGCUCUUCCGACGAGGAAGAACUUUACUCCGAGGAGGAGGAAGAGGAAGCAAAGGAAGACUCCAGCGACGAGGAUGACGAUGAAGCGGAAGACGACGAUGAUUCUUCCAGCGACGAUGAGGACGGGAAAAAGACCGGCGCAAAUGCCUUCUUGAAAGGCGCAGGCUCAGAUAGCGAUGAGAGCAGCGACGAGGAAGGCACAAAAGUUGUCAAGAGUGCGAAAGACAAGCGGAUUGAGGAGCUGGAGGGCACCGUGAAGGCGAUCGAAAAUGGGCAAAAGAUCAAUGACUGGGGAUCUAUCUCUGCCGAAUUCGAUAAACUCAAUCGACAAGUAGUGAAGCUCGUUCAGGCGGGCAACACACCAAAACCUUAUAUCAGAGCUAUUGCUGAGUUGGAGGACUUCAUGAAUGAGGCUAUUGCUAAGCAAAAGGUCUCAGCGAAGAAGAUGAACGCCACAAAUGCCCGAGGUCUGAACGCCGUCAAGCAGCGCAUCAAGAAGAACAACAAGGACUACCAGAAGGAUAUCGAUGCAUACAGGGCGGACAAAGAUGCAUUCAUGGAGUCGGACGAAGAGGAAGAGCCCGCUCCAAAACCUUCCAGAACACCCAAACCUAUCGCUGGUGUACCCGCCUUCGAGAUUGAUGAUGAUGAGGGUUUCUCGACUGUUGGGAAGGGUGGCCGUACAAUGCAAUUUACACCCGAGAGCAUUCUCAAGCAUCUGAGGACGAUUAUGGAGUCUCGAGGAAAGAAGAACACAGACCGAACCGAGCAGAUCAAGAUUAUGGAGAAGCUCUAUGAAGUUGCCACAACCCCUUACCAGCGUAUUCGAGUUCUCUUGACUAUCAUUUCUACAAGAUUCGACUUAACCACCGGUGUUCAGACCUUCAUGUCUCAAGAUCAAUGGAAGGCUGCCGAGCAAGAAUUCGGUAACCUUCUCAAGGUCCUCGAGUCAAAUCCGGAAUUGGUUGUUGUCGAAAAUGCAGAAGAGUGGGAGGAUGAUGAGAAGGCCCCUGUUGUCGCAGCUGGCGAGAAGCUCAAGAUUCCCGGCAGCAUUGUUUCAUAUGUUGAGAGACUGGAUGAUGAGCUUACCCGAUCCCUUCAGCACAUUGACCCUCACACUGCUGAGUACAUCGAUCGUCUUUCGGAUGAAGGAGCUCUGUAUAACAAUAUCGUUCGUGCACUGUUAUACACCGAAAGCCUUCGAAAGGAUGAGAGUCUGCAAGUCACGCAAGACAGCCUCAACCGUGUUGUUAUGAGAAGAUUGGAACACGUUUACUUCAAGCCAUCUGCAGUCGUCAAGAUCCUCGAGGAGAACUGCUGGAAAUCCAUUCCCUCGGAACUUGAAUCUGCCAUUACUCCUCGAACCAAACUUUCCGAUGCAACUGCUCUCGUUAAUGUUUUGUGUAACUACCUUUUCGUCAACAGCGAAGGCAUUAUCCGUGCUCGAGCUAUGCUUUGCCAGAUUUACUUCCUCGCUCUUCACGACAACUACUACAAGGCACGCGAUAUGAUGCUGAUGUCUCAUUUGCAAGAGACCAUCAACGCCUUCGAUGUCCACAGCCAAAUCCUAUUCAACCGCACUCUCGUCCAAGUUGGUCUCUGUGCUUUCCGAGCUGGACUUGUCUACGAAGCCCAGACUACUCUGCAAGAAAUUUGUGGUAGUGGUCGCCAAAAGGAGUUGCUUGCUCAAGGUGUUAUGAUCCAACGAUACAACCAGGUCUCACCAGAGCAAGAGCGCCUCGAAAGACAACGCCAACUUCCUUUCCACAUGCACAUCAACUUGGAGCUCCUGGAGUGUGUUUACCUAACCUGCAGUAUGCUUCUCGAGAUUCCUCUUCUGGCCCAGACGGGCUCGUCGCCCGAUGUCAAGAAGCGUGUUAUCAGCAAGACCUACAGACGUAUGUUAGAGUAUCAUGAGCGUCAAAUCUUCACUGGUCCACCCGAGAACACUAGAGAUCACGUCAUGCAAGCCUCGAAGGCCUUGGCGGCUGGCGAGUGGAAGAAGGCUACCACCUUUAUCCAUGAAAUCAAGAUCUGGGAACUCAUGGCAAAGCCUGAGGCCAUCAAGACCAUGCUCUCGGAGCAAAUCCAAGAGGAAGGCCUCCGGACAUACCUCUUCACCUACGCUCCAUACUACGACACCCUCGCCGUCGGCACUCUUUCGUCAAUGUUCGAGCUGACCGACCGCAAAGUAGCCGCUAUCGUAAGUAAGAUGAUCAGUCACGAGGAGCUCGCCGCUGCUCUCGAUCAAGUCAACUCAUCCAUCAUCUUCCGCAAGGGCGUCGAGCUUAGUAGGCUCCAGAGCUUGGCUCUUACGCUCAGCGACAAAGCAAGCGGUCUCAUCGAGAGCAACGAACGUACGCUCGAGACAAGAACACAAGGCAUGGCAAACGCAUUCGAGCGACAAGGUGGCCGUGGAGGACGUGGGGGUAGAGGUGGUGGACGAGGUCGUGGUGGUGGAGGACGUGGCGGCGGACCCAGUGCUCCUAGACAGGCUGGUGGAACUCAGUUCACGGGUGGUGCGUUGGGUGCAGCGGUCCGGGCUUAG